AGGGAUGGGGCGGUGCCGGGCACAGGAAGCGGAAAGCGGCGGCGACUACGGCCGCCGCCGGGGGAAGGCGGCGGGGCACGGCGGCAGGUCGGUGCCGGCCGAGCGGCAUGGGGCGGCGGCGGGAGGCAGGCCGAUCGUGAGGAGCAGAGCUCCAUCCUGCCUCUGGAAGGACUCCUUGCAAGUGAAGCGCGCUCAUUCCCCAAGGACCAGGCCUCACUGAUGACUGGGCAGCAGAGGGUACUCAGGAAAGCACUUUUAUCACGGACUCCACCUCAGGAGCACCAGUAACUCGUCUUCUAAGCAAAAUCUUUGCAGACCCCAUGUCUACUGCAAUGGAUACAGAAUCGACGUAUUCAGGAUACUCCCACUACUCAGGUCACUCCAAAAAAGCUCACAGACAAGGGAGUCGGGACAGGCACAAAUCACCACGAAGCAAAGAUGGCAGUCGGUCUGAGAAGUCCGUCACUAUCCAGACACCUCCUGCAGAACCACUGCUCGGAAACGACGCCUCUCGAACAGAGGAGGGCCAGGAUGACAACUGGGGUGAGACCACAACAGCAAUCACAGGUACCUCUGAGCACAGCAUUUCCCAGGAGGACAUAGCCAGGAUCAGUAAGGAUCUGGAGGACAGCGUUGGGUUGGACUGCAAACGUUACCUGGGUUUAACAGUGGCAGCUGUUCUUGGACUCCUCGUCUUCCUUACCCCCAUCGCCUUCAUUCUAUUGCCCCAGAUCCUGUGGAGGGAUGAUCUGGAGCCGUGUGGUACUGUCUGUGAGGGACUGUUCAUCUCUGUGGCAUUUAAACUCCUCAUUCUCCUGAUUGGGACCUGGGCUCUGUUCUUCCGUCAGCCCAAGGCAGACAUACCAAGGGUGUUUGUGUUCCGGGCCCUGUUGUUGGUCCUCAUCUUCCUGUUUGUGUUUUCCUACUGGCUUUUUUAUGGCGUUCGCAUCUUGGACUCGAAGGACACCAACUACCAAGGAAUAGUGCAGUAUGCAGUGUCUCUGGUGGAUGCGCUGCUCUUCAUUCACUACUUGGCCAUUGUCCUGCUAGAGCUACGGCAGCUGCAGCCCAUGUUUACUGUCAAGGUAGUUCGUUCAACAGAUGGAGAAUCACGAUACUACAGCUUGGGGCACUUGAGCAUUCAGCGAGCUGCACUGGUGGUUCUGGAAAAUUACUACAGAGAUUUCCCCGUCUACAACCCAGCAUUGUUAACAGCCUCCAAAUCCCGUGCUGCCAAGCACAUGGCUGGCCUGAAGGUCUACAAUGUUGAUGAAGGCCCAGGGAACAACGCCUCGGGGCAGUCCCGUGCCAUGAUCGCAGCCGCAGCCCGGCGCAGGGACUCCAGCCACAACGAGCUCUACUACGAAGAGGCCGACCACGAGCGCCGAGUUAAAAAGCGUCGUGCGAGGCUUGUGGUUGCAGUAGAGGAGGCUUUCACUCAUAUCAAACGCCUCCAGGCAGAGGAACAGCAGAAAGCUCCAGGAGAGAUGAUGGACUCCCGAGAAGCAGCCCAGGCAAUCUUCCCCUCCAUGGCAAGAGCUCUGCAGAAGUACCUUCGCACCACCCGCCAGCAGCAGUACCACAGCAUGGAGAGCAUCCUGCAGCACUUGUCCUUCUGCAUCACCAAUAACAUGACACCAAAGGCAUUCCUGGAGCGUUACCUCAGCCCCGGCCCAACCCUCCAGUACGACAGGGAUCGCUGGUUCUCCAAGCAGUGGACACUCGUUAGCGAGGAAGCAGUCACAAGCGGGUUGCAAGACGGAAUUGUUUUUGUCCUCAAGUGCUUGGACUUCAGCCUCGUUGCUAAUGUGAAGAAAAUCCCCUUCAUCAAACUCUCGGAAGAGUUCAUAGACCCUAAAUCUCAUAAAUUUGUCCUUCGCUUACAGUCCGAGACUUCAGUCUAAGGGAUUUUGAGGGUGGGUUGUUUAGAGAUUUUUUUUUUUUUUUCAAUAUUGUGCUUUUGGGUUUCAUUUCCCCAAUGCUGACUGAAACUGGCAGAUGAUGGACCAGUAAUAUUUGACCAUCUGCACUUUAUUUGGAAAGGGGUGGAGGGAGCUGGGAUAUCUUAUCUAGAAAGGAAUAUCUUAAGAGGCGACAGGGUGACUUGGCUUGGUUAGCUCAGCCUUGGAGACAGAACAGAUUUUUUUUUCCCCUUUCCAGGCAUAUUGUAAAUCUCACGCUCUCUUUCUGUGCACACUUGCAACGUCUGUAUUUCUGUUGGAAUGCUGCCUUACGCCCUGUGUGUGUGUGCACUUUUCUGUCUCUGCUUUUGCUACCUGAAUCUCUUUCUGAGUACAGGCUGCUCACCUCUCCACUACAGAAGUCUGCUUGUCAGAGGGAACUUGCAGAUUCUUUUCACGUGGGAAGGGGAGAUUGUGAGAGAUUUCCUUCUAUCAGCUACAUAAUCUUAAGACUGAAGAUCUGUUUAUUUUUUUCCUACUCUCCAUGUGUCCUCUUAUCAGUGCUGGACCUAUGUGAACAUAGUGGGAUGGUUUUGCUGUCUGUUUCUGUCUCUGUGAAGUUGCUUGUCUCGACCUGGAUCAGCCCAUCUUGCCACUCUUCCAAAUUCUUUUUAGCAGUGCUUCUUAGUGAAACAGUUCUGCAUGCCACAGCUCCCUUUUCUCUCACUAUUUCGUCCCUCCUGCUUGUCCCCCUCCUUUGCCAGGCGCUCCCAAAGCUCCCCAGUCUGCUUUCAAAACGUGUUUCUCUAGCCCCAGUGCCCUCGGGGUCUGCCUUACCACUUCUUCCUCUCACAGCUGCGGGGGCUGCACAUUUGCACAGGGUGGGUAAGUAGCUGGCUCCUUCCCAGAUGCAUCACAGACACUGCUACGUCUGCAGCCCUGCAGAGGGGAAGAAGAGAGCACACAGGAAUGUAUCCCUCAAUGUCCAAGGGCUUCAGUGUGUCUGGAAGACAGACAGGCAAAAGCACUUCCCUCCUCGAGGAGGGGAGCCAGGGAAGGGCUGGCUCUGCCACCUCCUCUUGCUUUGAAGAACCGCUGCAAUCUUGAAAUGCUGCAGUGUGUCCUUCCCCACCUUCAGCUAUAGCUGGGAAAUACCAAACUGUCUGAAUGCUGAAAAGAUGCCUACCUUUCUUGGCCUUUUUCUGUUGCGGGGGUCUCUCCUCAGUGCCAGGAUAGCCUGGUGUUUCUCUGUUCCUGGGAGAGAUGCUUAGCUCUUAAAACUGCAGUUUUGUCUUGAAAGCCUUCUUUGCCCAUCAGUGCAUAACUUCUGUGUUGUCUGAGUCUUGUGGGGUUUUGAAAGGUUUCUUUGUAAGAUGAGCCUGUGUCUGGAUGCUAGCGCUGAGCAUUGUGUGACUCCAGAGCCAACUCCAGGCCUGGUGGUGACCUGUCUUCGAGCAGACCCCUCCUAGAGGCUCUGCUCUGCUCUGCGGUGACGGAUUCAAGUGGAAACACUGGAUUCAUCCUUCCCAGUCUUUUGCCAUGCAAAGAUCUGUAUCUAGCAUGAGCCAACCUGCCUUCCAUGCAGAUCUCCUACUGUAAAGGGCCCUGUUUGCAAGGUACACCCAAUGUCUUUCACUGCAUUAUCUUCUGUGGGGUCCCAUGAUAGCCCCUCACAGCCCUUUUUGCCUUCCCCUGGCCUUUCUUGGGCUACAUCAUCAGUCCACUGGGCUGCUUCCUUGCUCCAGCAGCGGUAGUUGAGAAGGAGCCACAUGUCCAACAGCACCAGUUGGUCCUCUUGGGGUCAAGGGAGCUACCAGCCACCCAAACUCCCUGGUGAGGGAGGGUCCCAGGUGGAGAUUCCCCCAGCCAAGUGUCACCCGUGGUCUCUGCAGCCUCCUCCUGCUGGCACCUUUCACCUGAAUGUGUAAUACUCAUCUCCGUCCUGUGGUCUCCAUGUGAUGUGCCAGAAUUGAUUGUGAAGAAACAAAAUGUGCAUGAUGGGACCAGGCCUAUCUAUGCCCCUUAAAGGAUAAGAAGUAGGUAGAGUUUUCUUUGUCUAAACUCAACAUCUGAGUUUCUUUCUAGGUCAGACUUCCUUGUAGUCUGUGUUUGUACGGGGAUUUUUUUUUUACUGACUGUGGCCUUUGCAGUAUUUUAGUUUGAAAGAACACAGAUUUAUUCCCUCCUUAAGAACAAACAAAAAAGGUGAUGGAGCAUAUGGUAUCUCACAUGUAGCUCUCCUAAAGAUGUAUAUAUUAGGCUUUUAUGAUGUGCAUUACCAGCCAUGGCAGGAGAGACUGGCAGUAGCUUGGGCACUAUGAGGCACUUCUGCCUGUGGCUGAACUGGCUCAGAUGUGUGUGGCCAGAGAGAGAACCGCCAUGCCGGGAGCUUGGGCGUGCCGCACACAUGGGAGCACCUUGGUUUGGGCACUGCUCCAUAAAACCUUCCUUUCCCAGGAUUUCCUCUCCCCGACGAACGGCUUGUCUGACAGUAUCUGCUCAGGAAACUCAUGUCUUAAUCCUUAGUUGCAUUGAAUCCUUAAACACAUGAAAAGCCAGACGGAAGCAGUGCGUGCUCACUCCGGGUCUGCUUCCUAAUCUGUGCUGCCUUCUCUGCUGUCAGCAGGGCCAGCUCCUGCUUUAAACAUUCUUCCCAGUGUCGAGGUGAAUGCUUUGCUUGAUAAAAUCUGAAGGGGGGAGCUUCACCUCUCAAACAGUCUGCUUACUGCAGAGCUGCAACCUGUUCAGGGCUGAGUACAGGCUAUAAGGGAACCUGAACUCCUGGGUAUUCCCAGGUUUUUUUUAAUGAUGUUUUAUUUCUCCGGUUCUCUGUCUGGGGGCUUGUUUCCCCUCCCCAUGCGAAAUCAAGGGACCACGAUCAUACCUACCUCACUGGGGUGUUGCGAGGCUAAACUCAAUGCAUCGCGAAGUGCUUUGAAAUCCACGUGUGGAUCUGUGGAGUCUGUAGGAACUCAGACUCUUUGUAAAAAUUCUAAGCAGUGAGAGCAGACUGGUUUGUUUAACUCUGUUUAUAGCCAGCUAAUGAGUAAGAAUUGAGUCACAGGGAACAAAGCUCUAAUCCAAAUCCUGCAGUCCUUACUCCUGGAAGGCUUGCCAAGAGCUGAGCAUAAAUAAGGCUUGUACAGUUUGCCAGCCGAGCACAGGCUGCCUCCCUCCAAAUGCCUCCUAUUCUGCAUCAUCUCCUUGUGUAUACUUCUCCCUCCUGUCUCCCAAGCCUGUAUGCUCGUACCUAACUGGGAAGUGAUUUUUAGAAAUGAGUGGUUUUUGAGAUAACCAUUUGUGGUGGUGAAGCUGAGCACGUGCCCCUCAGAGGAGGACCUUAUGCUGGACCAUUCAACAGAGUAUCGUGUUGGCCCACUCCUCUUUUCCGUGUGUAAUUCUCAAGUAUGCUGCUCAGACAGUUUAAAGACUCAUAUUUGUUACAGCCUAAAUCCAAAACCAUUCUGAGAUCUUCCAAAACCAGAUGCAACAAAGACUUUCAGCUGCUUCAAGGCAGAUGGAAAUGACUGUGGGUUUCCACAAAGGCUGACUCUCUCUUUCAUGGCUGAAGAGUGGAAAGUUAGGAUUUCUUGCAGCCUCUAGGAGCACAGGGGUAGUAGACCUUGGCACCCACACGCCCUACUGGCAGCAGAGUAGCUGCUUAGGGUGUACUGUGCACGGAAGAGUGGCACAGCAAGGUCAGCUCCAGAGUACACCCUACUUUGGGGUUGUGCUUGGCUCUUUCAAGGCAGCAAGAGAAAUCCACUCUGGAGCAGCAUCUUGGAGACAGAUUUCAGCUUUUCCUCUGGCGUUCAGCUACCUCUGAAGUCUUCAUGCCAGCAGAUCCGGUCACUCCACCCUGCUAGCUGUGUUCUGUUGAGUCCUCUGCUGAGGAAGAACAACUACCAGGUGGGAUGUGAGGUGCUGGCCUGUGGUUUGGAGCCUGGGACAGAUUGGGGUAAGGCACAAGUCUGGGGGAGAGCUGAACAAAUUGCAGCCCGCAAAGAGCUUUUCCCCUUUUGCUUUGAGAUGUUCCACACAAAGUGUAGGGAUUCUGCUGUUACCAAGCAUGCCAAAAGCUGUGGAGAAGCAGUUUCUAAAACUGGCUGUGCAGAAGUAGCUUGUAAAAAUCUUGUUUAAGAUGUGCUUGUUCCAACACUCAUUAGUGAAGAAACUGGAAAGAUCUGUACUAUGCAAAAUGUGGAAACCUACUCAGGCCAAUUUCAUCUUGCUCACAGAAACUUUUACAUCUCCUCUUUUUUAAAGGUAAAUAAAAAAUCGUGCAGUCUUUUGGAAGAUGCUGCUGUCUGGCCCCAGGCUCUGCUCAGCUCUGCCCUGCCAUCCGAGAGGUGUUUUGAGAUGUUUGUACAGAUGUCUGUUUUCUCAUUCAGCUUGUGCAUAGAUGUGCUUCUCCCUUUAUAGGUGUAUGCAUUAUACAUGUCUAAAGCCUCGAGCCAGGCUUGGUGGUUCAGUGUUUGAAUUGUGAAGAAGGAAGCACUCUUGGGAUCAGAUUCUUUUGUUGUUUUUGUUUUGUUUUGUUUUUAAUAAUCUGUUCUCCUAAAAGAGAGGGCUCUCUUUGAGCCUGGAUGUCUCCUUUAGGAACGUGCAUCCUUCUGUGCUGGGGCUGCUGCGUCGGAUAGGUGGUGACCAAAAGUUGCUGUUUCCAACUGCUGGUGUGGAUCUCAUUGAGUUUACUCCAGAUGGGUCCCCCCAGCACCAGUUUAUCUGCCUGUCUGCUUCCCUCCAAGAGGUGGUGUGUGCUGAUCCAUGAGCUGCAGUGCAGCCCCGUGGGCAGUGCAUGAUGCUGGGGGGUGUGCUCUGCUACCCUGCAGCUGCUUCCCUUGGCAGCUUCCACCAGUGCUGACGGAGCUUGGGAGCAUCUCCUGCCUGCACAUGGGGAUGCUGCGGCUUGCUGCCUGCACAGACCCUGCUGUGAAGGGAUCUUAAACUCUUCUGUGCCUGUUUCUUUGAUUCAGCAUUAUUGUGUCUUUGGGUAGGCGGGCAGCCAGCUCUCUUCCCGCACCCUUUUUGAUCACUGUGUAAUACUCUUUUUCUACACAUACUGUGUAUAGUGAGAUGGGUUUUGCAAAGGUUUUCUAAUUAACAGACACUAACCAGCAUUUCUUUUUUUCUUUUCCCCUCCUUUUUGCACAUGUGACUUUAACUGCGAUGGUACAUGGUCUUUCUGUUCUUUUCUAAUCAUGGACUUAAGUAAGCAAAUUCCUGGUCUCUGUGACAUUAAUGCACUGUGUGUCUCGUCUAGUAAGUUGUUCUGUUCCAAGCUGGGUUCUCUUCAGUUAUAGCUGGAUGGGUUUUUGUUGUUUUUAAACUGAAACAUAAAACCGUUUUACACUUUGCAUAUUUUGUACAGUAAAAUUCUGGAAAUAAACUGAAACCAGAUUUGAUUGUCCCA